UGGUCCAGCGCAUAGCCAGGGCGGACAGGGAUCAGAAGCUCUCUUUCUGCUGCGCGCAGUCAGAGGCAGCACACCCCUACCUCGCUGCUUUCGCCCUCACCCCCUCAGACGUUCUCCAGUCUCCGGUCUACAUCCAGGGGUUCAACGCCUCAUUCUCUGGCACUUCAG